CGAUCUAAGAUGGCGACUGUGGAACCGGAAACCACCCCUACUCCUAAUUCCCCGCCUGCAGAAGAAGAGAAAACAGAGUCUAAUCAGGAGGUUGUUAACCCGGAACACUAUAUUAAACAUCCUUUACAGAACAGAUGGGCGCUCUGGUUUUUUAAAAAUGAUAAAAGCAAAACUUGGCAAGCAAACCUUCGGCUGAUCUCUAAGUUUGAUACUGUUGAAGACUUUUGGGCUCUGUACAACCAUAUCCAGUUGUCUAGUAAUUUAAUGCCUGGCUGUGACUACUCACUUUUUAAGGAUGGUAUUGAACCUAUGUGGGAAGAUGAGAAAAACAAACGAGGAGGACGAUGGCUAAUUACAUUGAAUAAACAGCAGAGACGAAGUGACCUCGAUCGCUUUUGGCUAGAGAGACUGCUGUGCCUUAUUGGAGAAUCUUUUGAUGACUACAGUGAUGAUGUAUGUGGAGCUGUUGUUAAUGUUAGAACUAAAGGUGAUAAGAUAGCAAUAUGGACUACUGAGUGUGAAAACAGAGAAGCUGUUACACAUAUAGGGAGGGUAUACAAGGAAAGGUUAGGACUUCCUCCAAAGAUAGUAAUUGGUUAUCAGUCCCAUGCAGACACAGCUACUAAGAGCGGCUCCACCACUAAAAAUAGGUUUGUUGUUUAAGAAGACACCUUCUGAGUAUUCUCAUAGGAGACUGCGUCAAGCAAUCGAUAUUUGGGAGCUGAACCAAAGCCUCUUCAAAAGCAGAGUGGACUGCAUUUAAAUUUGAUUCCCAUCUAAAUGUUGCUAAGAUAUAAGAGAAGUCUCAUUCGCC